AUGUUCAGCUUUUCAAAGAGACGCAUGAAGCUUGGCAGAGUUAAGGUACAGCUCUCGGAUUCUGCUCAAGGAACUAAGAGUCCUUUGCGUGUGACCAAACGCGUUGAUAACUCUACUAAUGUUCCUGCUUUAGAUGCAACUAGUCAUUCUGAUGAACUUGAUUUCCAGCCUUCAUCUGGAAAUUCUGAAAACUGGAUGGGUUUAUCUGUUAGUGGAGAUAAACCAGCUCCACGCUUUAAUCAUGCGGCUGCAGCUAUUGGUAAUAAAAUGAUAGUAGUUGGUGGUGAAUCUGGUAAUGGCUUGUUGGAUGAUGUACAGGUGCUUAACUUUGAUUCAUUUACUUGGUCCACUGUGUCUUCAAAAGUUUACUUAUCGCCAAGUAGUCUGCCUCUCAUGAUCCCUUCCUGGAAAGGCCAUUGCUUGACAGUGUUACUUGUAGUUUGGUCAUUUGAUACUGAAUCCGAAUGCUGGUCGCUGAUGGAUGCAAAGGGAGACAUACCGGUCAGUCGCAAUGGUCACACAGUAGUGAGGGCUAGCUCGGUACUGAUCCUUUUCGGUGGUGAAGAUUCUAAGAAGAGGAAGCUAAACGAUCUUCAUAUGUUUGAUCUCAAAUCAUCUACAUGGCUCCCUCUUAACUGCACGGGAACACGACCGUGUGCAAGAUCUAAUCAUGUAGCCACACUAUUUGAUGACAAGAUUCUGUUUGUGUUCGGAGGUUCGGGCAAGAAUAAAACACUUAAUGACUUAUACUCACUCGACUUUGAAACCAUGGUAUGGUCAAGAAUCAAGAUUAGAGGUUUUCACCCGUCUCCAAGAGCGGGUAGUUGUGGAGUUCUUUGCGGUAACAAAUGGUAUAUAACCGGAGGUGGAAGCAGAAAGAAGAGUAAGUUUUCUAUACCUCGAAAACGCACUUACUUAAGUCGGAUCUUACAUGUUUAUUUUGUUUUCACAGGACAUGCAGAAACAUUAGUCUUUGAUAUUCUAAAGGUCGAGUGGUCUGUGGCAAGCAUCUCCCCUCAAUCUUCCAUCACAGCUAAUAAGGGAUUUAGUCUAGUUCUUCUGCAACACAAGGAUAAAGACUUACUUGUAGCUUUCGGAGGAACUAAAAAAGACCCUACAAAUCAGGUGGAGGUUUUUAGCAUCGACAAGAACAAGAGUGAAUCAUCACCAACAACACAUCAGCUAACAACUUCCAAGAAGAACCAUGGCCGGUUGCUGUUUGGAAAACGAUCUUCUUCUUCCUCUGCAGUUUUAACCUCUGAUGAAUCUGUCAAGGCCUCUUCUCAGAGGCUGAUUGAUUCCGUUGCUAGACAGAAACUUGCUUCUGCCAUUGAAGAGCACGGUGGCUCCGGUAGAAGAUCUUUAUCAGAGAUUGCUUUUGCUGAUCAUCGUAAUCCAUCUUCUGGAAAUGUCUCUUUGCGUAAACAGUUUAGCACUGAAGAAGAGUACAGAGCAGUGGUUGAACCACCUCCAAAGUCCUCAGAAGAAGAAAUCUCUUUGCCUCGGACAACAGAUGAAGACAAUGGAGGUGGAGCAAAGAUUACAGCAGAGAAAAUACUUUCCACUGUGUCUGACCGUGAAAUGUCAAAUCUCCACAAGCAAUCCACUGAAUCGUUUCCUUUUGCACACAUUGAUGACUCCUUGAUAUUCCCUGAGAUGGAUAACGCCACUUUAGCAUCAUCAUCAAGUGUGUAUCAGUUCCACGAGGCGAAAAUGACGGCUCUCAUAAGAAGAAAUGGGAUUCUGGAAGGGCAGUUAGAAGCCGCGUUGGCGGGGAGAGAAGCGGCUGAGAGAAAUGUGUCGGUUUCUUUGAGGAGCAAACAAGAGACUGAUAAAAAGCUCUCUGAUGCCUUGAGGGAUGUUGAGUUGCUUAAGGAGAAGCUCACAGGGUUAGAGUUAGCACAAGAGGAAGCUAAUAAUUUGUCAAAUAUGGUUCACUCUGACAAUGUCAGGCUCGAGCAUGAUUUAGCGUUCCAUAAAGCUGUCCUAGAAGAUACACAGAAGGAGUUGCAUUCUACAAGAGGUGUUCUUGCAGGAGAAAGAGCAAGAGCGUUUCAGUUGCAGGUUGAAGUGUUUCAUCUGAAGCAAAGGUUACAAUCUCUGGAGAACAGAGCUGGUACACCAAGAAAGCCUUUCCAUGUCUAAACAAAGACCUGUGUCUAGAGAUCAGACAAGAACCUUAAGACUUGUAUUGUGUAAUUUUUAAGAGACGAAUGCAAACCAUCUCUGUGCUUUGUUGAUUAAUGUAAAAAGAAAUUCAGAAAUUUCAAUAAUCUAAUCAGAUUCCAAG